GAAGAACAAACAAGAGAUUAAAAAAAUAAUUAAGAGCACACGACGUGCCACACACGGGGGCUCAGCUCCCAGUGCUUUUAGUAAUACAGAAGAAAAGCAUGCUUAAUUGCUUAUUGACCAAAACCUAACUAAUUAGUCCUCACACGGUUGCGAUCAGUUGCGAACACAAAUCAAAGACCCGUCAAAAUAAAGCAGCAACCGAUUCCUACCUCAUUAUAGUAUUUCCAUUUGCCGAGUCAAGGAAGGAGAAGAGCUUUCCGAUUCAGAAUACGAGUCAAGAGUUUCCUGGCACUACUGCAUCCCUCUCUAGAUCAAUUUUUUUUAAGUGAUACCUCCCUGUUUGUAUAUGUAUCUAUAUAUAUUUAUAUGUGUGUGUGUGUGUGUGUGUGUGUGUGUGUUGAUUUCCCCACUCUCCAAAUCGGCAACUGCAAGAAGGCACAAAACACCAGGAUUGCCAGCUGCCUCCUGCUCUCCUACACAACUAAUAUACGAGUUGCUUGCUUCUGCUUCAAUUAAUUAUUAAGCUAAACCUAGAUCAUAUAUUCAUCACGUAUUUGAUUAAUUAAUCCAUAAAAAAUAUAUAGAUAUAUAGAAAUAAUGGAGAAUAUUAAAGAAAAUUAUGUAAUAUAUGGAGGAGUGAAGAUGCCGGUUGGGUACCGGUUUCGUCCCACGGAUGAAGAGCUGGUGAUUCACUACUUGAUGAGGAAGGUUCAUGCUGCCCCAUUGCCUGCUUCCAUCAUUCCAGAGUUUGAUGUCUUCCAAACUCAUCCCUCGGGCUUGCCAGGUGAUGUUAGGGAAACAAGGUAUUUCUUUUACAAUGAAAUUAUGAAUAAGUAUGUUGGCAAGAGAGCUGCCGGUUGUGGGUACUGGAAACCUAUUGGCAAAAAGAAGCAAAUUGUUGCUAAUUCUAAAUCCAAUGAAGCCGUCGGGAUCCGGAAGACGUUGGGUUUCUGUGAAAGGAAGCGCCGCGGUUGCCACAACCACCACCAUGAAACCACCAAAACUACCACUCAAACUCGAUGGCUCAUGCAUGAAUACCGCCUCGUGGCUUCUCAAGCGAAUCCAACCCAGGCUUUCAAAGCGGGAGUGGGAAACUGGGUGCUGUUUCGCAUAUUUCAGAAAAAGAGAAGGCCUACUCAAAGAACAUCGGAUGAUAUGGGGGUCGUUUCUCAACGCUCAUCAAAUUGCAAGAGGAAUCGGAGAUUAAUGGAGGAAUAUCUCUCCGCAGCUGACCAUCGUUCACGACGUUCGGAUCCUGAUCUUACAACAUUUUCUUCCCCAUCAUGCUCGAGUGAUGUCACUCAUGAGCUCACUUCCAAUGACAAUGGCGAGCUAGACGAUGAUCAGGAGGAACACAGUGUUAGCAUGCGGAUUAAUAUUUAGCUAAGCUAUUAUAUAUUGAUCACAUUAAUCUUGUUCUGUUUAAGAUCAGUAGUACUAAUUAAGAUAGCUUUGAUUAAGCUUCCUUAAUUCCGUGUAAUCCAUCAUGUAAUCCAACUAUCUUGCGCAACAAAUUAAAUAAGAAUGGCCACCAACACCAAGAGGCAAAUAAAGAGA